ACCAAGGGAUAAAUAAAAAAAAAAACCACCAAGACCAACUAAGGAGAGUGAUUAUUGAUGUGGGAGGGUCAUCCGACCGGAGAGAAGAUGCACUGCGUCAAACUCAGACUCAUGCUUUUGCCAUCGCUACAAUGGUCUUUGAUCUCACCUCGGCCUCGUUCAAACCUCAAAACCAAAGUCAAGUGCUUUUCGUCUUAUUCUUCUUCGUUGCAGUACACACCAUGGUCUGGUCUUCAAACCUGGAGAGAUAGCGCGGUGAAUGAAGAUCGUAGUUGGGGACCCAAUGGUCCCCAACCAUUGCCCUUGCAGUCACAGCCCUCCACACCUGAUGCUUCGGGCGACUGUCAAAUAGCGGUGUCAUCAGCUUCGUCACUUGCGGAGCUUGGUGCUCUGGUUCUCUCAACCAGUGAUCCUCUCACAAAGUCCAGGCUUUCUCAUCUCGCUUACACCAGGUGGCGCCUUGAGAAUCUCCCUAUUGGGGUGGCCCAACCGCCGUCUCGGCCAGCUCGCCCCCCCAAACCCGAGUUGGUAUCCCCAAAGGAAAUUCCAGCUCCAAAAAACUCACUGUUGCCUCUCAAUGCUUAUAUGCUGCAUAAUCUUGCUCAUGUGGAGCUAAAUGCAAUCGAUUUGGCUUGGGAUACUGUUGUUCGGUUUUCACUAUUCAGUGAGACUCUUGAGGAGGGGUUCUUUGCUGAUUUCGCUCAUGUUGCUGAUGACGAGAGUCGCCAUUUUGCUUGGUGUUCUCAGAGACUUGCUGAACUUGGUUACAAAUAUGGAGACAUGCCUGCUCACAAUUUGCUUUGGAGGGAGUGUGAGAAAACAUCUGAUAAUGUUGCUGCACGUUUGGCAGCAAUCCCACUAGUCCAGGAGGCUAGAGGACUUGAUGCUGGGCCUCGACUUGUGCAAAGAUUGGUUGGUUUUGGAGACCUCAGAACGUCAAAUAUUGUCGCAAGAAUUGCUGAUGAAGAAGUCGCACACGUAGCUGUUGGUGUGGAUUGGUUUAUUGGUGUUUGCCAGAAAUUGGGUCGGCCUCCAUGCUUCACUUUUAAAGACUUGUUAAAAGAAUAUAAUGUGGAGUUAAAGGGGCCCUUCAAUUAUUCAGCUCGAGAUAUAGCUGGCAUUCCACGUGAUUGGUACGAUGUAUCUGCUUCGAACAAACAAGAUGAAAAUAAGCAGCUUUCUGCAGUUUAUGAGAGGCUUGCUUCAAUCAUAUCCAUGGAGAGUCAGAAUUCAAGUUUGAAUACCCCUUCUGAAUGAUGAUUCUCUUGAAAAGACAUUGGACCCAAACUAUUCCCAAAGUGGUAUGCAACAUAUCGCUCGUAUAAAUUUUCUAAAAGUUGUCACAAGAGUCAGCUUCUGGUUUUACCUUAGGGAGUACUGGUUCUUAGCCUUUGAGUUGUUUAUCUUUAUCUUUUCUAACAGCUAUUAUUUUGGUUGGCUAUGAUAAUCAACAGAAAAUGCUUAGAUAGGAAACUAAGUAUACUAAUUACAUUGUGCAAGGGAGCCAUUUGUUUUUCCCUUGUAGCUAUUUUGUAAAUUCUCUUCUUUUUUACACCUCAUAUAUAUUUAUUUAUUGAAGCUCAAUUCUGUAAUGAGUUAUUAAAGAACAUUAACUUAAAUAAUCAUACCUUUGUAAGACAGGCAGCUUUGCAAAUCAGGUGGUAUUUGGGUAGAGACUUAAUAAUCAAUUUUAAAUGUUUGAACCUUCAGGUUCAUACUCUUAUUUUAA